AUGGGUGAUGCUCGCGAUCCGAUCCCCUCGCCCAUCCCCUGCCUCCUCCUCCUCCUCUUUCUCCCCGCCUUCGCCGUCUCCGCCUUCAUCCUCGUGGCGGUCCACAACGCGUUCACCCUAGCUUCCGUUUUCCUUCUCUCGAUCCUCGUCCUCUCCUUCGUCAUUUGGAAUGUUUACAAGUUGAGGAGCAACGGGACUCUCCUCCUGUUCCUAAAUCGCACGCCCACCACCGACCUACUCACCGCCAAGGACGGCCAGAUCGUCAAGAUCACCGGGUGUGCUUCAUGCGCGGAUCUUGCUUUGGAAUCUUCUUAUGAGAAAAUCGAAAGAUGUAUCUAUUCAUCUACUCUUCUAUAUGAAUAUAAAGGGUUUGGAUCAAAGAUGAGUAGUGCUUACAACUUAUGCUUCUGGUGGAACUUAAUAUAUGUAGAGAGGUGCAUUGCAGAUUUUUACAUCACUGAUAUCAGAUCUGGUGCCAGAGUUUUGGUCAAAGUCAGUUCUGAUUCCAAAAUAAGUCCUCUGGUCACAGAGAGCCUAAUCGUCAAAACUUCAAGCAGAAAAAAAGAACUGUCUUCAACUUUGAAGAAAUGGCUAGAAGAAAGGCAUCUUUCAUCAGAAUCACGUCUACUGUGUCUUAAAGAAGGAUAUAUCAUGGAAGGGAGUUAUUUGACUGUAAUGGGAAUGUUGAUCAGAAAGAGUGGUGUUCUAACAAUAGUUCCACCACCUGAACCUAUCAGUACAGGUUGUCUACUGGGGAAAUUUCUCCUGCCCAUUGAUGUUAAUGGCUUGGUUUUAAGGUAUCUUUACAGAGAUGAUUCGUCACUAAGUUCAUCGGUUUCUAACCAAGGUUGUUGGUGGAUAUUUUUCGAUGCUUGUACCCUUUGUGCACCUUGCACUCGGACCUGCCCUAGUUAUCUCAUAAUCAACUUUGAAGAAGAACGAACCUGCGGGUGGAGUUGGAGCUCGCCUGAGGCGAGGAGAGUCGGAGCUUGCCUGCUGGAGUCGGAGCUCGCCUGUGUAGGGUGGAGAGCUCGCCUACUGAGGUGACCUCGCCUGCGUGAAAGGGGUUUGAGCUCGCCUGUGCGCGGCUUGACAUGGAAGCUCGCUUGAUGGGUUCGAGCUCGCCUGCGUGAAAGGGGUUCGAGCUCGCCUCACGGGCGACCUGGGCGUGGAAGGCUCGGGCCUGACGUGGGCCUAGCGUGGAAGCUCGCCUGCGUGUAGCGGUUCAAGCUUGACUGAUGAAGAGCUCGCCUAUGUGCGGACCUCGCCUGAUGGAACGCUUGAGCUCGCCUGCGUGGUGGAAGCCAGCUGAAGCGAGCUCGCCUGAACGUGACCUAUGGUUUCCCUAUAAAAGGGAAACAUUGUUCACGAGAAUCGUUGAGCUGCUCAUCUCGCGAUUCUUGAGAGGGUUUAAGGCGGCGAUGAUUUCUCAAGAGAAGCGGUGAUUUUUUAGAAGCCUUUAAAGGUGAUUCUUCGUGAGAUUGAGCGGUGAUUUCUUAGUGGAAAAUCACACGCGAUACUAUAGCAUUUCUACAGUGAUCGAUAUUUUGAUUGAGAUAUCUCAAGUUUGAGAUCUUCUCUUUGCAAGCU